UAGCAUUGAAAGGUUUCGGCGCGAAAAUUGACAUUUGUGUCUUUUACUAUAUCUCGAUGUGAGCAAUCGAACAUUGACAAAAUAUUACCACGUAUUGCCAUGUCUUUUGACGGAGAUCACGGUUGGUUUGAGUCGGCAAGUGAAGAGAGUGUUGGUAUCAUCUGCACGAGAGACAAAUAUGGUCGCCUGACCUCGCAAAACGGUCACAUAACACAACCUCGAACGCGUAGCGACAAUGAAAUGAAAGUUUCAGGCGCCAUUUGUUCCGAGACCCUUAAGAAUGGGUUGUACAGCCCUGUGUCACUUUUCUUCAUUUGCUUGGACUUCAUAGCCAGAAAUAUUCACAUGGUUGAGUCACUUUUCGGCUUUCCAGACGUUGUGGGAGAGCAAUUGUUUGGCAGAGUCUAUGCUAACCAUGAGUUGGAAGAGGACACAUCACAAAAUAUGGAGUUAUUCUCAGAAGCUUAUCCAGAGUUGGUUUUGUCCAAGUUGUGCUUGAGUGGUCAAGCAUUGGUCUUGAAUAGCAAGCUUGAGUGCUUGAAAUGCUUCCCCUAUCUGACAGAACUGGAUGUGAGUCAUUGUCGCCUGGGAAAAUCUCAUGAGUUGCUAACACACAUCAGCAAUAUGCAAAGUUUAUUGAGGGUGAGCCUUAAAGACAACUGCCUUGGGGAUGGUGAUGUUGGUCACAUGACCUUACCUGUGCGACUGCUGGGUAGAGGCUUGUGCAACCUUAGUACUCUAGACCUCUCUCAGAACCCCAAGAUUACUGGCCACUCCUUCAAGUACCUAUCAAAGCUGACUAAACUGGCAUCACUGAAUCUUAGUGCUACAGGAGUUAAGGAUGUCAUAGACCUCACUAGAAGCACUCUUCUGCACUGGACAUGCGAUGGCUCGAGCUUCAAACAACCCUUUACUACAACAGAGGGAUGGGCUACAGUUAUCAUUGAUAAAUGGGUAACUGGUGCUACUACAAGGAAAAAGAAGCCCAUUUGCUCCGGCCAGAGGCUUAAAUUCUAUAAAGAUACAGAUAACACUGAGAAAACAGAGAAGCACAAGGAGAAGGAUAACAUCACAAUAACAGCCCAAACACUUUUUCUUACUUCUGCAAACUGUGUUGGGACAUCAUGUAGUAUUAAGCCAGCUCAAAAUCAUUACUCUGAUCUAAGGAUUGCACAAGAAACUAGAAAGAGAAAAUACCUAAAGUACCAAACAAACAGCCAGAAAAAGAGAUUAAAACCCUGUCUAAGUCAACAUAAUGCAGAGUCUGAUGAGGAUUUGAUGCAGUCCUACAUCAGCUGUGGUGGACACCCAGAAAUUCAACGAAAGAAGCAAUGCUUGUUAGAUGCUUUGGUUAGUUAGACAGUUUGAAAGUGUCAGGUGCUAUAGGAUGGGGAGCAGCUUACUAUUAAUUUAAUGGAUUGAGGUACUGAGAGGAGACAUUAUUUAAUAUUAAAAUACUGUAUGCAUUGAUAGGCAAUGUAAGAAAGGGAUUUAGUAUUAGGUAAUGGAGGGUAUUAGUGUUAAAACCCUGGACACUGACUUCAUUAGAUUUGUGAAGUUCUUCACAGAUUAAUCACUGAGUUUUAUGCAUGAGUAAAGCACUGCAAUAUAAAUAAUACUAUCUCUAAACUGUAACAAAUAAAUUUCCACUGGGUUUAUUUCAAUACUUUAUUUCUUGAAUAGAUUGCAUUAUUAUUGUGGAUCUCUUGGGAUCACAAAUCAUUUAUUUGGCUCUACAGCUCAUAAAACAGUAACAUGCAGCCUUUAUAAAUUUUAAAGUUAAUAAAAAUAAAACAUUACUACACAAUAU